AGAAACUUUUUUCUACACAAUGCUCCCAGACAGCCCAUCCCCACGCGCUGCCCUUGCUCUCUCCGAUCUUCAGCCACAAACCGGCGCCUCAACGUUCUCAAUUGGCAGUGGAUCAGGCAACUGGUCGACAAGAGGUGUUGGUGGAGUUAAUGGUGAUUACAUGGACAAAUCCGGCGGAGGAAUGUUCGGAAACAGCAGAAACAACGACCGAUUCGCAUUCGGCAACAACAGCUCGUCGUCCUCAUCAGCAGGCUGCUUUUCAUCGAACAAUUCGUCAGGCGGACUUUUUUCCAGUAAAUAAGUUAAUAUAAUGCGAUCGGCAGCCGGUAUUCUUAUUCUAAUCUCAAUAAUUAUUCCCAGUGUAUAUAGUGAACCGAAGUUGCCCGAUUGCGAGCAAAUACCAAAAGUCUUGUGCUGUACCCAACGUGUCUUAGAUAAAUGUAUGUCUGGUUGUAUCGAUUAUGUCACUGAGAAAUGCCCCCACAAAUUGGAAAAAUACGAGACGAUCGAUGAAGAGCCAUCGACGAGAGCUCCAAAGAAGCAGGUGAAGCCAGCUAAGGCAACUAGCAACAGAGUUGUCGGAGCAGUUGAAGUAGACCAUGAAGCCAAGGAGCAGUUCAUCGACUCCAAGGAUAUCAGAAGAGCACCACGAGUCGGUGAUGCCAAGCUUCUCAGCCAGGAGUACCCGAUCACCGAGGUCACCGACGCCGAUCUCUCCUCCGAGUGCGGAACCGAGAAGUCUCAGCCACCAUUCUCACCAUGCUUGUCCCGCAAGUCGGCC